AUGGGACUACCAAAUGGUCUCCUCACUUUAGAAGACAUUGAGGAAUUUGGGUACGUCAAAAACACCGGCUUUGUGUGGCUUAGACAAAAGAAACCGAACAAAACCAAAAAUGAAAAGGCCGGGACAGUUUCAUCACAAGCAACUAAAGUAACUACUUACGUAGAAAAGUUCAAGAUCAAGAAACUAACAGGUGUUAAAGCUAGAGAUCUCAUGAUGUGUGGUUUACAAUUAGUGAGGUCAGUGUUGACAAUCCGCCCACAUGAAAUAUCACUUUUUAAACGAGUUCUGACAUUGGAAAAUCUUUUCCUGUGUCGGAUUUUAAAAUAG